GGGAUUUUCCUAAAACUAGUUAGGAUCCAACAUCUCAGAAUCAGGAGUGUGAUUAAAAUAGGACACCCUUUACUCUCUAAGUUACAGUUUCUAGUUGGAUUUUAAUCUUUGUUUGAAAUUUUCAUUUUUUUGGUAAUCUGUUUGAUGUUAGGACCUAGAUUUACAUUGGUUUCUGGCAUUCUCAUUCCAUCUCUGUUAAGAAAGUUCAAUCUUUUUGCUUUGAUGAAAGAAAGUUUAAAUUUUUAUGACUUGUGUUGUUAGCUAUUUGAGGAGUUGAUAUGUAGUUUAUGUUGGUUUUACUGUAUGUGUUAAUAGCUAGAGGAAGCAAAGUAUAUGAAGGAUAUAGUGUAAUCUGUAAACUUGAGCUUUAAACGGUAAUAUAAGGGUUCUAGAAGAAGGAUAAAAGUUUGUGGGCCUGUGCUGUUAAAGCUGUUGUUUUCAGUGAAGCUUUUGGUUACUGGAUUUUUAUUUUGGCAACUUGAAUGCUCUUUCUCAUCAAUUAUAAUCUUCUGGGGAUUUCUUCUUUGUUUUGUUUCUCUAUGGUCUAUUUCAUAUUUCACAAUCCAAAACCCUAUUUGGUCAGCUAUUCACUAAAGUCCAAGUCUUGAAUUGUGGAGCAAAUCACCAUUGAACUCUUCACAUACCUCACUGAGUUUUGUGAUUUUUAUUGGAGGCGAACUCUGCUUCCGUUUCAUUGGCGUUUUCUGGGUCUGUUUCUUUGCUUACCUCUAUAGUCUGAAAUAUCUGCAUCCCAUAAUUUUAGCUCACCAUCAAAGUUUUUGUAUUGAAAGCCUACUAUAAGAGUAAUUCAGAUCUGAUUUCCAAGAGCAACUCUAGAAAGUUCAUGGUUUUGGAGAUGGGUUUAGCCUAGACUAAACAGUAAACAGUAGCUUUGGUGUAUUUCUUUUCCCUCUUCUUCCUGUGGCUUCAAUUCUGGAUAGUGGAUUAAAAAAAAAACAUAGAAAGAAAAGCUAGAUGACUGUGGACGAGGCUGGUAGUAGCUCCGAGUGGACUAGAGAGCAAGAUAAGGCAUUUGAGAAUGCCCUGGCAACUUAUUCUGAAGAUGCUUCAGAUCGGUGGGAGAAAAUUGCAGCUGAUGUACCUGGGAAAACCCUAGAAGAGAUUAAACAUCACUAUGAGCUUCUUGUUGAUGAUCUUAACCAGAUUGAAUCUGGCUGUGUGCCUCUGCCUGCCUAUAAUUCUACUUCAGAGGGUUCAACAAGCCAUGGCGGUGACGAAGGAACGGGUAAGAAGGGUGGCCAUUUGGGGCACUAUAACAGUGAGUCUAAUCAUGGAAGUAAGGUAUCAAAGUCAGAUCAGGAACGCCGUAAGGGAAUUGCGUGGACAGAAGAUGAACACAGGUUAUUUCUUCUUGGUUUGGACAAAUAUGGGAAAGGCGACUGGCGAAGUAUAUCACGAAACUUUGUGGUAACGAGAACACCUACACAGGUGGCAAGCCAUGCACAAAAGUACUUCAUUCGUUUGAACUCAAUGAACAAAGAUAGGAGGCGAUCGAGCAUUCAUGACAUCACUAGUGUUGGCAAUGGGGAUAUUUCUGCACCCCAAGGACCGAUUACUGGUCAAACAAAUGGUAGUCCUGCAGGAGGUUCCUCUGGCAAAUCAACCAAACAACCCCCUCAGCCACCAUCUGGACCCCCUGGUGUUGGCAUGUAUGGUACUCCAACCAUAGGUCAGCCAAUAGGAGGACCCCUUGUCUCAGCAGUUGGUACACCGGUAAAUCUUCCUACAACAGCACAUAUGGCAUAUGGUGUCAGAGCACCUGUUCCUGGAGCUAUGGUUUCUGGGGCACCAAUGAACAUGGCUACAAUGGCAUAUCCAAUGCCUCACACAUCUGCACAUAGGUAAUCUGCAAUUUAGUUGCAACAUGAAUGCAGGACAGAAGACUAUUGCUUGUGCUCUUGUUGGGUUAUUGGAAUCCUUUAGAUCAGAGCCUGAACAUUUUUGCUUAUUCAGCACAAGUUGUUUAAUGUUUGUCAUUUAUCUAUUUUUGUAUCCAUUCUAAAUAAGCCAUAUGGGUAGAUUACCUGAAUUUGUGUAUAGGCGACUUUGGAAGAGUUGGCAGUGUUUAAAAUUAGGAUAGUUCUAGUUUGCUCUCUUAUAAAGAUUUUAAGCUCAAUUAUUAGUCUUUAGAAGUAGUUGGUAUUUAAGUUCUAUGGCACAAGAUGUAAAGAACCAUUUAUAUCUUUUACUACUUUUGAGUAGCAUAUCUAAACCACCAGGCUUUGCUAUAUCAA